AUGGCUCGUUUGAGGUCCCAGGAUGCGUUGAUGCAGGAGCUUCAGCAGGAGCGCCUCGAUGUGGCUGCUGGAGACGCCGCCAAGUUGAGGACUCCUCGGUCGCGAGCCAAAAAGACUUUUCCAGUGGCCACCCCUUCCAGUACUCCCGCUGCAGGUUCCUCGAAGAGCCAAGACGAUGCUUCCUGGGGUGCUGUUCGCGAUGUUCCAUGCAUUGGCUGUAUCAAGAGUCUGGCUGCGAGCGGCUCUGAUGGUUCCUGUCACGACCAGAAGGACUCAUCUGCUGCUCGCUGUGCUCGGUGUUCGAAGGGUCACAAGUGUAUUCCGGUCCCUUUCUACCUCAUGCCUUUUGUGGACGAGCUUUAUAUGGCCAAGCGUGCGCUUGCUUCUGCUGAGGAGAUGGAUGCUCCUACGCCCUCGAAGAAAAGGACGCGCGCUGGAAAAGCUGCUCUUGAGCAUUUUGAGGCGGGCAAGUUCUCGGAGGUUGACGAGCUGCAGAAGCAGAUUGAGGCGCUCACGGAAGAGCGUGAUGUGCUCCUUGCUGAGCAGGAGGCUGAUCGUAAGGAGGCAGUUUCACGCUCUGCCAAGGAGGGGAAGGCCGUGGUUUCGGCUAAGAAGAAGGGAAAACAAGCUGCCGUUCAGUCUGUCUCGCGCUCUGUCGAUGAUCAUCCUGUCGAGUCUUACCGUGAAUGGCAUCUGAAGCACGAGAAAGCCAAAGCUGAUAUCGAGGCAGUGCUGGCUACCCUUCACCCCCCACCUAAGGAGUGA